AAAGGGCGGAUGUUGCGUAAACUUCGUACGUUCGGUUUGUUAUUGAUGGCGACAUCAUGCGAACCGUUAGUUUAGUCGAUUUAUUUUCUGUGUUUGCAGUGAAUAAUUUUAAAACAGACCUGUCUGCAGUUUUUUAACAAGGAUAUUAGGCACUGACGUCGAAUCAAACAUUUAGCAUCAUGAAGAUGGACAUCUUCUCCCUCUUGGUCAGAGCAGCUCUCCUUGCUUUGUCGGUUCUUGGGCAAACCACAGAUGUUGAAGAGCUUGCCCGAAUGAAUGCUGACUUUGCUACCCGGCUUUACAGUAAGAUUGCUAGCUCAAAUGAUGACAAUGUAGCUGUCUCAACCCUCGGGGCUACCUUAGCUUUAGCCACAUUAGCAUCCGGGGCUGGUGGGGCUUCUCGCACCGAGCUGCUACAGGGUAUAGGUGUGGCCUCCAUGGAGAAAGAAGGAGAGCCGGAAAGAAUUCAUACCCUACUCCAGCAACUGAGGGUGACUACUGCUCAAAUCCAGGCCACUGGCCUCUUUAUGAAGCAGGACAUCAAGGCAGAUGACAACUUCAGCAACCAGGUUAAGCAGUUUUAUGAUGCAGAUGUUCAAAAUGUGAAUUAUGCCAAUGCACAGUUGGCCAAAGGGAGUAUCGAUAGUUAUGUAAGAACCAAAACAGGGGAAAAAGUCAAAGACGGGAUGGAGAAUGUAGAUCCACAAAGCGUGGCGAUGUUAAUCAGUGCAACUUUUUUCACAGGUUAUUGGCUGCAACCCUUCAAUGCUACCUUCACCCAAGAAGAGCGUUUCUAUGUGAACAAGUAUAAGAUUGUGCAAGUACCCAUGAUGCUCCGUUCAGGAAAAUUCUACCUGGCCUAUGACCCCACAUUAAAGGUUGGCAUUCUGAAACUGCCAUGUGAGGAUGGCAUUGCCAUGCUUGUCCUUCUUCCAGAUGAAGAUGUGGACUACACCUAUGUUGACGAAUCCAUGACUGGUGAAGUGUUCCGCGGAUGGGUUGCUAAGCUGAAAAAGACGAAGCUGGAGAUUCAGUUGCCCAGAUUUUCACUGAAGCAGUCCAACUCACUAAGUACAAGUCUGCCCAGUCUGGGCAUUAAAGAGAUCUUUGGGAGUACUGCAGAUCUCUCUGGAAUCAGCAGCGAUGAAGGCCUGAAACUAUCAGAGGUGGUACAGAAGGUCACCUUGGAAGUGGAUGAGACUGGAGGCUCAGUGGCCGAUGCCUCCAUCAAUCUCUUUAUGACCCCUCUUCCUCCCAGGCUCACUUUCAACCGACCCUUCAUUUUCGUCGUUUACCAUGAGGCCACACAAUCCAUCCUCUACAUAGGACGUGUUGUCGACCCAACUAAGAACUAAAUAUGUAUAAAGAAACUACUAAUGGACUUGCAUGUUAAUGUAUGAGUAGAAACUACAGUCUAUCAAAUCCUCACCAUUUGUUUUGCUUGAAUAACCAACUUAUAAUUUAAAAUUCAUCUGUGUAAUAUAACAGAGUAGUGCUUUUUAUGUUUUAAAACCAAAAUACCAGUAUAAUAUAGAUACAAUACAAUGUCUGCUAAGAAAAUAACUGUAAAUGUAUAGUGUUUUCACAAAUGGUUAAUUUGGGAGAUUUAUUGAUGGUGUGAUGGAGUGUUACCCACACAGUAUAAUGCUACAUGUGACAAGAAACUUGUGCUUCUGGAGAUAUGCUUUGUCAGUAUCGGCAUAGUAUUUGUAUUAACACUUCAACAGGCUGUUCAAAUGCAACUCAUUAAAGCACGUCAUAUUCAA